AUGCAGUCUAUGGCUGCGGCCUCUGGGAAGACGCAGCCACUUUCGUCCCUCACCACACUCACCCAGCUUGAGCUUAAGGUGGUGGACAGCUUCAGGAAGAGCACCUGUCCUGCGCUGAACUGCUUUCUGCAGCUCCAAGGUGUGGUCCGCAUAGUUCCCGCACGGUAUUCUUCCCCAACUCCUGGAAGCCGGACAGCUGCCCACCGGCUGCCAGGGCUCUUGGCGGUUGCCCAUGGAAUCAGACAGAUUUUGCAGGGCCGGUCACCUGACGCCUACGGCUACCGGGAGAGGACGAACUACCUAGGCGUCUUGCUUGGCGUUCUGCCGGCUGGCACCGCCCCGGCGCUCAGCCUUCUGGGAGCCACUCUCCGGCGAUGUCAGCACUUGGGUCUGGUCCGUGGAGAGGUGGAGGUUCUAGAAUAUCUCCGUUUGUUCUCAGAUGCUCCUCAUUGGCUGAAUUCAAUAAGAAGCCAGGGGGAGGGGAGCCUGUUAAAUGCAGCCCAUCCCUUGAUAGAAUCCAGCCAGUCUCUUGGGCCGUGGAGCAGGUGGAGAAUGGAUCUGAAGGGUCAAGUGGAACAUACCCAGCUGACUCGGCUUCCUGGAGCUCGCGUGUUGGAGAGGCUUGCUGAUUUCCAAGCAUGGAAUUGGGGAAAGGAGACUGGGAUUGGGCUCCUUGAAGGUCAGUACUUCACUUUCUUGUUCAUCACUGACUCAUCAGCUCCAGCUCAGCACCUUCCCCAGCAGGCAUUCUGGAAAUACUGUCGGACGAAUGAUUUAGUGGAAUAAUGUGAGCCCACCAGAAGGUCUCUAGUAGAAUUGGUGGAUGAAAGCCAGAAAUUAAAACAAGCAUUUUGAUACAUGCUGCACACUGGCUUUUCCAGAGUGAAAGAUGAAUCCAUGGCACACCCACAAAAAAGAAAUGAACAACCAUGUUUCUGAAUUGGCAGAGUCACAAGGCAUAAGGAGUGUGGGUCCUUGAGUUACCACAAGAAGAGAGCUUCCAGCUAAAAAGUAAGUAGCCCCUUCCUUGAACUGUUAAGGGUAUGAAGGAAAAAAUUUCUAUUGUUUUUGAUCCCUUAUUUAUGUUGGGGUAUAUUUAUUAAUGCAGACUAUCCUACCAAACUGAUACUACAAUAUUUUCUUCAGUAUUCAAUCCCUAAGUAAUAAAACACUAUAAACAAGAACAAGUCAGGAAAUAGCAAAGAUGUUUCAAAGAAUUAUAUGUAAUAAACAGAAAAAAAAGAAAGAUACUCAUCUAAGUAUUUUGGCUCUUCAAGAUCAUUUGACUCAGGCCAGCUUUAUUAUAAUCCUAUUUGUAUAAUAAGUUUUCUUGUUAAUGAGAGCUUCCAUCAUAUUAAGUCUUUGAAAACUUCCCUUGCUAAUUCUCAUUCAUAGUUAGAAUGAAGAAUUCUAUUUUUGUUAUAAGAGAGAAAAAAAUGGUUCUCUGCACUAUAUGAUUGAAACAGCUCUGCCAUUUGGUGUCGUGUAUCCAAAUGUCAGCUUUAGUACUUUGUGCUGAUAUUAAAACUGCAAAAAUAAUGAAAUAAUGUCCAUAAUAUCAAAAUUAUAUAUCCUUUUCAUAUCUUUUUUCUUCUGCACAAAGCCAGCUAACACAUUUUUAGUUCUCAUUUUAUAUUGAAUGCUUUAAACUGGCCACAGUUUCCAGAAAACCAGAUGUGAUCCAUUUUGGAAAAGACAUAAACCUAUAAAUUUCAUAUGAACUUAGAGGCCACUAAAGUCAAGGAAGAAGCAUCUUGACUUAUAAACAUAACCCAUUCUGGGCGAGUAACCAGUUAAGAUGAUAAGGGCAACAGAAAUAUCUGAGAGCACUUGAGGUGAACUCUUCUUGACUAAACUGUAAACUAAAUUUGUGAUUAUUUCACAUUGUUAUAAAAUUUCUUUUUUAAAUUUAAAACAGCAAAAUUUUAUUUAUUAUUGUACUCUCUCUUACUGUAGCCUCUCCUGUAGGCGUUGCCCUAUGUGUUUGCACCAAGUCCAAAUAUCAAUCACAUUCCAGGCAUUUCUUUUGGCUUUGUGUGUUGUUCUUCUCUCUCCACCCAUCUUCCAAGCCUACUUUACCCUACAAGAUUCAGAUUUUCACAAUUCAAAAAUUAUAAGGCUUUUUAGAAGCUAGGUCUGUAAUAAUUUUAAUAUCAAAACAGGUUUCAUUGUGUGGGGACAUGAGAAACUAUUUGAAACUAAAUGUAGUGUGUGUGUGUGUGUGUGUGUGUGUGUGUACUUUAAAGGAACAACGUUAUGAUUGAGCAGUCUAUUUUUAAAAAGAAUUACUGUUAUAAAAUUCUCCAAAUUGUACAUUGAGGAAAAAAAAAUUGACUCGACUUAAGACUCUAUCAAAUUACAUCACUAUUCACUUUCUUUAAAAAUAAUAGGGAUAUAUAUUUUAGAUUUUUGAUUGGGAUUUUUAAAAGUUUUUAGCUUCAUUGAGGUAAGUUCAGUGUAUUACUUAGAAAGUUUUUAUUGUGAGGGAAAUCACUUACAACUGGAGCAUUUACUCAUACUUGGAUGGUAAAGUAAUGUGUAAGAAUAAAUUUUUUGCAGACAUUAAAUAUAUCAAAGUAUUAACAUUUGUAAGUAUAGUAGGACACUCAUUAGUGCAAGGGUUGACCCCUGAUGAUGGGAAUUUUAUCAUGACAGUCAACUAUAUUGUGGAAAGCUGUCUCCUAAGGAUAAAAAUGUGAAUUUGGGGUCAUUUUGUCUUAUAAUAUGGAUGACAUUUGGUUUUGUGGAAGUUUUUUUUCUUGAUUCUGAGCAUUUCUUGACACAGAGCAAGAUACAUGUGGGACAUAGUUGAGGAGGAGUCUUAUUACCACAAUCAUACCAUGACUCAUGAACUGAUUUACCUCUAAUGGUCCCGUGGUAUGGACCCCAAGAGUGAGGCUUCUGUGUAAUAGCUUUAAUUGACAUUCCUUUUUGUAAUUAAAGCACAAAUAACAAUACUAUAUGCCAAUUAAGUGAGAAAUAGAACAUAGUAGGGUUGUUUCUGAGAUUAAAAUCUCAUCUAAUUAGCAUGAGGAAAAAUUAGAACUAAAACACUGAAGGAUUUCUUGGUAUUUUUAGAGCUAGGAGAAUACUGUUAACUUCCCAUUUAGAAUUAUUUGGCAGUCAUAGAUCUUGUCACAUAUUUUGAAAAUGUUCUUUGUGAAGAAUCUGGUUAGUCCACAGAUUCACAUGAAUGUUGUGCACAUUCUAAGAAAGAAUGAAAAAUUGCUCAUUAUAAUUCAAAAAUUUCUGAAGUAGGGUUUGUCCUUCCUUGUCCACUCAUUUUCUCCCUCCACUUCACUGCCAGAAAUAAUAGCAAAUCCUUCAACAGAUUUAGGGUUCGUUAUUCCAGUAUGGCACCAAAUAGCAUAGAUUUAAAUGUGAAUAAAGGGUAAGGACAAUCUAAAGUAGUGUGUUUAGAUCCAGUCUGCCAUGUUAAAAAAUAUUGGUUCUAAAAUAUUUAAGUAAUAUAUAUAUGAAUAAAAUUAAAUAUAUCUUACAUAAAGCUACUGUAUGACUUGAAGAUGGCUGGGAAGUUUGCUCUGUUGAUUUGGGUAAAACAUAUUAAAGUCUUUAUUUAAUGACUGUUGAGUUUUUAAUUUCUCCUGAGUUUUUGUCAGUGUAACUUUUUUACCAAAAAAUUCUCUUCUAUUUGAAUCUUUGAAUCUUACAUAUUAUUAUAUCUGAUAUUAAUAUUGCCCAACCUAUGGUGAGUGGUUUGAUAAAUAUUUGCCUGGUUUAUUGCUUCCCAUCCUUUUACUGUUUUUUCAACAUUUUUAUUAUAUGUGCCUCCUUUGUUUCUUUCAUCUGAUGAUUUGGAAAUUAUAUAUCCUAUUUCCAUUCUUCCUUUUUCCCUUUUGAGUACAAAUAUUUAACAAUAAUAACAAAUAUUUAAGAACAGAUAAAUCAAUAUCUAAAGUUUACCAAGAAAUGUAUUUUCUGCCCAAAUAAAGCAAGAAAUUUAUCAUGCUUUUGUUUGCCUUCCCUGUCACUUAAUUCUUUUUUUUUUAUUAUAAAAAUUAAUUCAAAUGAUUUAUUCUAGAAGGUUGAUUAAAUGGCAAGUUCCCUAUGUCUAAAGGAUAUAUUUUCUUACCAUCACCCAUGUCCAUAUCAUAUCUGGCUUUUUAGUUUUAGUUUAGCUGGUUAGUCAGUGUUAUACAUCAGCAUUUAGAUGGUUCUGUCUUUACCAUUUUCCUUUGCAUUCCAAGUCUUAUUUAUUUAUUUAUUUAUUGCUCUAGAAAUGUUUUUAGAGAGUCUUCUUUAUGAUUUCUCUCCUCACACUCUUAUCUACUGAUUCUGAACUUAGAAUGCCCCAGAGCUAUUCUUAUAUCUAAUAGUAAUAAUCAUUCUUAGAACUUCAAAAGUUUUUUUUUUAACUAAACCCAAUAUCAAAGCACAUUAGUAUAACUUAAAAUUAUCUAGAUAGAUUCAAAUGCCUAUCAAAAUUUUCAUAAUAAUUAAAAAAAAAACCUGAAAAACAAGUUGAGUUUGUGAGUUAGAAGCAAGAACAUUGUGCUCAAAAAGACAGUAAACCUCAUUCUGGCAUUCAAUCAACUAGUUAGUUCUGUGAGGCUGAGAAAAUUGGUAGAUUUUUAUGAAUCUAAAUUUCCUCAUUUGAAAAAUGAAUGACUUCUAACUUAAUAUUUUCUAAUAUUCUUUAUAAAUGUAAAUUAGAAUGCAGAAUAUUAGGUAAGAUGCUACAUUGAAUUAAAUUGUUACUUUACUUGGAUAUCUAGGAUUGGCCGUUCUUUAGUUUAAUGUUUCUAUGUUUUGAUACCUUAAUGUUUAGAGCACGAUAGUUAAGAAUAAAGACAAUAUUAUGGUAGUUAAUAUAUUUACAUAAUAUGGAUAUGACAAGUAGGUAGUUGAAACUUUUAUUAAGAUUUGUUCUAAACAACUUUUUACUUUCUAUAAACAUAUCAUGAAGUAGACUGAAGAACAUAUUUUAUGUCCAUUGUUUUACAUUUAUUAAAAUAUCAGGCUUUGACUAUAAAUGGGGC